AUGUUGUUUGAUCCUAAACAAGAGAAUUUGCCAUAUACAUUUGCUAUGAUUAAACCAGAUACAACUCUUAAACCAAAUAUAGUGUAGGAGGUUGUUAAUAAAAUAGAAGCUACUGGAUUAACAAUAAAAAACUUUGUUUAAGUAUAAUAUUUAAUAAUUAUCUAUUGAGAGAACUCUACAGAGAAGAAGUACUAAAUCUGUUUUACAAGUAAUAAAAGUAUAUGGAUGAAAUUAUGACAUAUAUGUUAUCUGGUGAAUGUGUUAUGUUUCUUUUAUGUCAUGAAACUGAAAAUCCUAUAAUGGUAUGGAAAAAGAUGAUUGGAAAUAAAGAUCCUAUUGAAGCUAAAAAAGUAGAUCCAUAAUCAUUAAGAGCAAUAUAUGGAACAUCUAUAAUAAAAAAUGAAUUUCAUGGUAGUGAUGAUCCAUUUUCAGCAAAUAAAGAAAGGGAUAUUUUUAAGUUUCCAAUCCCUUAAAAAAUACCUAAUUUCAAAUUUGAUAAAAUGAAAGUAUCUUUAGAAAUAUUAUUUAAAUUUCUAUAUCCACCUAAUUUAGAACAUUCAAAUGCAUUAGAAAGAUUAGAUAUUUUUGCUAUAUAUGGUCCAUGUGUUAAUUAUCAUAGUGUUGAUUAAUGUUUUUGUAGAGAAUGUGCAAUAAUUGGAAAAGAACAUAUAGAAGGUGUAAGAGAAUCACUUAUUGUCUCUGAAUAAACUAAAUUAGGAAUUAAAAUUAGACCUUAACCAACAACAGGUACUAGAACAUAAUUGCCUUAAAGAGUUCAAUUACCACCAAUUAGAUUAUUAAAGGAAGAAGAUAUUAAGUAAAUUUAUUAGUAAUUGUGUGAAAAGUGUCAAUUUCAUUGUAAUGGUUAUACACAUUUACAAGGAGGUAGAAAUAUGCAACAUAUAUUGACUGAUUAAGAAUUAAACACAUUAGCUAAAGAGAUGAAUAAAUAAGAAAUUUUAGAAUUAUUAUAUAGUGAAAAAGGUAAUGCUGCUAAUGUUAUGAUUGAAACUAUUGAUCUUAAUGAACCAAAUCAUUAUACUAAAGAAAUGAUUGAAUUAUUAUUUAAAGAAUUAGAAACAGAUUAUUAUAAUAGAUUUAAAUUUUAUCAUCUUUAGAAUGUUAUUUUAGAAGAUAGAAGAAUUAGAAUGAAUGCUUGGAUGAGUAUUCUAAUCAAUAAACCAAUUCAUAGAUUCAAAAAUCCUAAAUUAGUUUCUAAAGUUCCAUCUGAAAUGAGAAAGAAUCCAGAAAGCAUUCAUUAUACUAUUAAUAGAAUUUUACCUCUUAAUUAAACUUACAAGAAAAAAGAUAUUACUAAAAUGCCUUUAGAUUUUCCACCUAAUCUUGCAGAUAAAGAUAAAUUAAAUCCAAAUGAAGAAAAAUUAGCAUUAUUAAAGAAAUUACAUAGAGACACACAUCAUAUGGUUGAAAUAUAAGAUGCUAAAAAAGUUUUUAUUAUUUUUAAUUCCUUUAGGUUGUCUCUAAUGGUGUAUAUUUAUUACGUAAAUAUAAUGAUGGAAGAAAUGGUGAUUGGGAUAAUUAUUCAUCUCUUAAAGGUAUGAAUAGAGGAUCUUAUGUAAAUUAUGAACAAAAAAAGAAAAAAGAAAAACUUUGA